AUGGCAGACAGAACAAUUGUUCUAACCAUGGUAGAUGAAUCACAUGCAAGGCCAGGAUCUUUGCUUGAAGUUUUACUACAAAGCUUCAAAUCUGGUCUAGACACUCAAAGAUUUUUGAAUCACUUGGAUACAGAUGUUCUUUGGCUUAGAAGUCCACUGGAGAAAUUCGAUAAAUUGUAUGAACUAAGUAUUUCAUGCAAUUUCUCAAGUGCUGAAGAAAGAGCACAUUCCAUGCAAGAAGGAGGAAUCUUCUUCAUGAAAGCAAAUGAUGAAGCCUUGGAAUUCAUGAAGCAUUGGAGAUUGAAGAAAUUUUUGUAUACAAGCUCAAAUGUUGAAGAAUCCUUGUGUGCAACUGUUUCAAAAAAUCAAGAUAUAGCUGAAUCAUAUGGCUUCUUUGUUAAUGAAAUGGAUACAAAUCACUUUGGUGGAUUUUGUCAGGAUACAGAUGUACUUUGGCUUAGAAGUCCACUGGAGAACUUUGAUCCUUCGUAUGAACUAAGUAUUUCAUGCAAUUUCUCAAGUGAUGGAGAAAGAACAUAUUCUAUGGAAGGGGGGAUCUUCUUCAUGAAAGCAAAUGCAGCAGCCUUGGAAUUCUUAAAGCACUGGAAAUUGAGCAUGUUUUUGUAUCUAAGACCAAAUGCUGAAGAAUCCUUGUGCGAAACUAUAACGCAAAAUGUAGACAUAGCUGACGCGUAUGGCGUCCGUGUUCAUCACAUAGAUAGAAAUCAGUUUGGCGGAUUCUGUCAGCUUAAUAACGAUAUGUUUGAAACAGUGUAUACCAUCCAUGCUAACUGUUGUGAUGAUCUCACAAGCAAAGUUCAUGACAUGACGAUUGUUCUAGAUGAUUGGAUCCGCUUUAGAAAACGUGUGAAAAACAACAAUGCAACAGAAAAAAUGACUUUGAGGUGGCCACAGAAGUGCAUAGGAUGA